AUGGAAAUAGGGUUCUUGGGGUUAGGGAUAAUGGGAAAGGCCAUGUCCAUGAAUUUGCUUAAAAAUGGCUUCAAGGUCACUGUCUGGAACAGGACUCUCUCCAAGUGUAAUGAACUGGUGGAGUUUGGUGCAUCAAUCGGAGAAACUCCUGCACAAGUAGUCAAGAAAUGCAAACUUACUAUUGCUAUGUUGUCCGAUCCUGCCGCUACUCGUUCGGUGGUUUUUGAUAAAGAUGGUGUACUUGAGCAAAUUGGCAGUGGAAAAGGUUAUAUUGACAUGUCCACAGUUGAUCCUGAAACAUCGUCCAAGAUCAGCGAGGCAAUUACAUCAAAGGGCGGUGCCUUCCUUGAGGCUCCUGUGUCAGGUAGCAAGCAGCCUGCAGAAACUGGUCAACUAGUAAUCCUUGCUGCUGGGGACAAGGAAUUGUAUGAAGAAGCAAUUCCAGCUUUUGAUGUCUUGGGGAAGAAGUCUUUCUUCUUGGGGCAAAUUGGAAAUGGAGCAAAAAUGAAACUUGUGGUCAACAUGAUAAUGGGCAGUGUGAUGAAUGCAUUUUCGGAGGGACUCGUGCUGUCAGAAAGGAGUGGACUCAACCCUCAUGAUCUUCUUCAAGUCUUGGAUCUAGGUGGAAUUGCUAAUCCAAUGUUCAGGGGAAAAGGACCUGCUAUGCUCAAGAGUAAUCACUCCCCAGCAUUCCCUCUGAAACAUCAGCAAAAGGACAUGCGGUUGGCUCUAGCUCUUGGGGAUGAAAAUGCUGUAUCAAUGCCAGUAGCUGCUGCAGCAAAUGAGUCUUUCAAGAAGGCCAGAAGCAUGGGAUUUGGGGACCUAGACUUUUCGGCCGUUUACGAGAUUUUGAAGACGACCAAGGAUUAA